CCAUCCAGCACCAUGGCGAUUUGGCUCCAGGCAUUCCCUCUGCUGGUCCUGCUGGUCCUUUCCUCCUCCCCAGGGGCAGAGUCCAGCUCAAGCCAGCGCCUGUGCGGCUCCCACCUGGUGGACGCCCUCUACAUGGUUUGCGGGGACCGCGGCUUCUUCUACAGCCCCAAAAGUAGGAGGGAGGCGGAACCACUGCUGGGUUUCUUGUCUCCCAAAUCAGGCCAAGAGAACGAAGUGGACGAAUACCCCUACAAGGAGCAGGGUGAGCUGAAGGUGAAGAGAGGCAUUGUGGAGCAGUGCUGUCACAAGCCCUGCAACCUCUUUGAGCUGCAGAACUACUGCAACUGA